CCUCCCUUUUAUUCCUCAUCAUGCGCCCUCACUUCACUGCCAUCCUUCCCGCGUGUCCAAAGAGCAUCUCCUCAUCUCCCCUUCUCCACCAUCCUACAGCCCAGUCUACUUCUAUUCCAGCUUGAAUCGUAAAGAGCAGGCCAUCACCACUUACCCUUCGCCAACAGCUCAUCAACUCAUCCCAACUCUUGAUGAUGGAUGAACCACCAAAGAGGAGGCCACCAAACACCUCUUUCAAGCAGCAGCGUCUGAAAGCAUGGCAGCCUAUUCUGACAGCAAAAUCCGUCCUCCCGACCUUCUUCAUCAUCGGCAUUCUGUUUGCUCCCCUGGGAGGACUUCUCGUCUGGAGAAACGGCCAGGUGACAGAGAUGUCGUUCGAGUACACAGCCUGCAAGUCCGCGACCGCCCGCACUCCAGUCCCUGAAUCAACUUUUAUGCACUCCUCUGCGGUCCUAGAGUUCGACAAGCCGACUUACCAGAUCCUGUUGAACCAAUCCGGGACCACUAAUCCUGUCGAGGGAAGCCAGGCUCAGCCCUAUCAAUAUCCCGUCCAGAGAUGCUCGAUCGAUCUGACCAUCCCUGUAGAUCUCCAGCCGCCCGUGAUGAUGUAUUACAAGCUGACGCACUUUUACCAGAACCAUCGCAGAUAUACCAAGAGUCUGGAUUAUAAGCAACUCCGCGGAGAGGCCAGCUCAGUCGAAGCUAUUAAGUCAAGGAAGGGUUGCAACCUGCAAAACAAUGAGCUGGUCUAUCCCUGUGGGCUGAUUGCCAACUCCAUGUUCAACGAUACUAUCAGCGAUUUGUUUGUUGCGGCACCAACAGAUGGAACACAAUCAGCGGGCGUCAACUAUAAUUUUGGGGACACGGGAAUCGCUUGGUCGUCAGAUCGUGAAAAGUAUGGCAAGACCGGCUACCAAGAUCUCACAGAGAUUCUUCCGCCGGUCAACUGGCGCCCCCGCUAUCCCGGCGGCGUCUAUUCGGCGAAUUUUCCACCACCAGAUCUUUCGGUGGAUGAGCAUUUCCAGGUUUGGAUGAGAACCGCUGGAUGGCCAACCUUCUUGAAGGCUUAUGGCCGUAACGAUAACGAUGUCCUCAAGGCAGGGAAUUAUACGAUGUCGAUCGAUAUGAACUUUCCGAUCGAUACGUAUGGAGGCAAGAAGUACAUUGUGAUCACGACUCUGGGUGCGACAGGAGGACGCAACAACUUCCUUGGGAUCGGAUACAUCGUGCUCGCAGUCCUCUGCGCCGGUUUAGGAGUCAUCUUUACAGCCUUCCACAUCAUCAGGCCUCGGUAAGAAACGAUCCUUGUUAUCCAUAUGGACGGUUCGAGUGUUCUCAAUUGGGUUGUUUUAUCCUAAUUCUAACGCAUCAACGGGG